GCGCAGGGACACACCCCGGGGGAGGAGCCACCCUCGGGCUGUCCCGGCACAGACUGGAGACUCGGUUCCGCUGCCCCAGCCAGCGCCCACGGGAGACGACAUGGCCCAAGAGCGCCCUUCCUGCACCCUGGAGCCUGAGCACCUGCAGCGGCUGCUGCUGUCCUCCCAAGAAGCCAAGAAGUCCGCCUACUGUCCCUACAGCCGCUUCCCGGUGGGGGCCGCGCUGCUCACCCGGGACGGGAGGAUCUUCUCGGGGUGCAACGUGGAAAAUGCCGUCUACCCACUGGGCAACUGUGCUGAGCGGAAUGCCAUCCAAAAGGCCAUCUCCGAGGGACACAAGGACUUCAAGGCCAUUGUUAUCUCCAGUAACCUGCAAGAUGACUUCAUCUCACCGUGCGGGGCCUGCCGGCAGGUCAUGAGAGAGGAGACACUGCAACGGCCCCUUCUUCCCGCAAAUACUUCCUGAGUGGGUGUCACGGGUGCCAGGCCCUGAGCCAGUGCUGGGGACAAGGCAAGUCAGGCCCUGCCUCCUGAGAGCUCGCGGCCCCGGGGCCCAGGUGGACACAAACAAGGAGGCGUCCAAGAAAGGUUGUGAGAGGGAGAGGGCAAGGUGAGUCACUGCAGGAAACGGAGUCAAGUGACAGCGGGGACACUCCAGAGCAGGGGCUGCAGACGCCAGCCCGUGGACCACAGCUGGCCGCCACUGGUCUUUAUCAAUAAAGUUUUAUUGGAACCCUCUGUGCCCAUCAUUGAUGUAUCAUCCUGGGCCACCGUCCCCGUCCCUUGGAGAGCAGAGCCGAGCAGUUACACAGAGGCCACCUGGUACUUACUGGCCUGGGACAGAGGGGGUGUCCACCCUGCUCCAGAUGGCCAGGAGGGCCUCUCUAGGGGAAGGCCUUUGAGCAGAAAUCCAAGUCACGAGAAAUUAGGGGAAGGUGGUUCAGGGAGUUUUCCAGAGACCAACAAGGUCACCUCUUGGUGAACUGAGACACAGCAAGAAGCACAGGACCUGGGCAGUGGAGUGAGGGGACCAUGGGACACGGGGUCAGAGGCCUGGGCAGGGGCCAGAUGGGGCCCCAUCGCAGCAGACGGAAGGCAAUUUUAUUCCAGAAACAGCAGGGACUGAAUUGUACACUUAACAAUGGUUCAAAAGCCAAAUUUUAUGUUAUGUCCAUGUUGCCACAUUUUUUUUAAACGCUGAAAAAAAGAAGAGCAUGAAGGGACGUUUGUAAAAAGGAGCGUCUGGGUUGUGACGGGUGUGUUACAAAAGCCGCCCUCGGAAGGCAGUGAUUCCGCCAACUCUGAAACCACAGGGGUGGCUUAGACCGCGGGCUCUUCAUCUGGGCCAGGUGGGAGUUUCUGAGGUUUAUAUGAACAUUGGGGAGUGGCCGUGAGCCUGUGGAUUCUCAAAGAGGAUGUGUCCUUUGGAAUCCCAAAAGGUGAAAGCCACCAGCUCAGAGCCCCACACACUCGGCCCUUGAGCUCUGGCGCCAUGUCAUCAACCGCUCUGAACACUGAAGCUUGUUUGGCCCUCGCCCUGAGCCCGGGAGACACGCAGAUGCCAUCAGCCCCAUUUCCAGAGAAGCCGAGCACCCGCUCACGAUGAGCUGGCAUCGGUGGCCCUUGUCGGUCUCCCUUAAAACAUUAAUUCUGAAAAAGCCAGAAGAUUGAUGGUGUCUGGUGAAUACUUGGUGGUUCAGACAGAAGUGGAGGCUGCGAACCAGAGCGGUCGCUGGCAGCCAGCGUGACCUAGCAGAAGGGGUGCGUUUAACUGAGCCCAUACUAUGUGUCUUUCCCGGAAUUGUCUCUAAAUCUCACCACACCUGGCCAGGGAGAGCCUGGGUCUGCUGAUGCACACCAUCUCCAUGACACCACCACCAACUUAACUCCCACCUACUGACCUGCCUACCACAUGCUCCCAUCUCUAAAACUGUCUCAUGGAUCAAGACGCUGAGCCCUAAAGACUUAUCCUCUGCCUGAGGUUGUACAGCAAGCAAAUGUUGUUCCUCACAGUGCACAAGAAAGAGGGGGAGUCAGCUCACUGUUCCCUGUAAGCCUCGGUUUCCUCAUCUGUAAAAUGGGCCUAACAGCACCCACCUCCAAGAGUAGAUACUAAGGCAAGCGCACUACCGAGGGCAUCAUGAAGCAGGCAUGUGACCUGUCCCGAGGGGUAAAGGACAAACAAUGAGGGAAGCAGGCCUUAGCUGUCAUUCAUCAUAGCAGAAAGAAGUCGGCCUCUGGCGGUUAGAUGGGUGAGCCCUCAGAGGACACAUUGCCCACCAACCAUGCGCCCCGGGCCGUUGGGCCUCUCAAGGUCUCUGUGUCAAGCACAAUUUCUGCCAUUACCAUUUUACAGAUGGGGAAACUAAGGCACCCAGAGGAAUGUGGGGCAGUGAGUGAGAGCCACCCAGGUCCCCCUCAGCCCUCAGCGCCUGCCUCCCUCAGCCUGGCCUUGUCUC